CCCUAGUUGCAAGAAUGUGCUCGACACACCGGGUUCCACUCAUGUCGUUGGUUACUGCAAACGUCGCAGCACUAUCAAGGACAACAAAUAAGCCCUUCAGACAUCCUACAGUCUCAGGGGACAAACUGCGUAUCUUGCGGAUUGACAAGAGAGAAAGAGCAUAGCAACUAGGAUUAGGAAGCUGGGAUCAUAUCAUCAAUGGAGAUGGCAGGCGCCGCAGGAACGGAAGCAUGGUUGCCGUACGUGACCACGGUGGCGUCCUGCGCCGUCGGCGUCUUCUUCCUGCUCUACUUCUACGCGCCACACUGGCGGAUCAGGGACGUGCCGGGGCCGCCGGCCUUGCCCGUCGUGGGGCACCUCCCGCUGCUCGCCCGACACGGACCUGACGUCUUCGGCCUCCUCGCCAAGAAAUAUGGCCCGAUCUUCAGGUUCCAUUUGGGGAGGCAGCCUCUGGUGAUCGUCGCUGACCCAGAGCUCUGCAGGGAGGUUGGCGUCAGGCAGUUCAAGCUCAUCCCCAACAGGAGCUUGCCGGCGCCGAUCGCCGGCUCCCCUCUCCACCAGAAGGGCCUCUUCUUCACUAGGGAUGAACGGUGGUCGGCGAUGAGGAAUACAAUCAUCUCGCUGUACCAGCCAUCGCACCUCGCCGGCCUCGUCCCCACCAUGCAGCACUGCAUCGAGCGCGCCGCGGACGCCAUACCGGCGAUGGUAGUUCAGGAGAACGGGCUGGUCGAUUUCUCCGACCUCUCGCUCAAGCUGGCCACGGACAUCAUCGGUGAGGCGGCGUUCGGCGUGGAUUUCGGCCUCACGGCGAGCGGUCCCGGCUGCGAGGCCGCGGAGUUCAUCAGGGAGCACGUGCACUCCACAACCUCCCUGAAGAUGGACCUGUCCGCGCCGCUCUCCGUAGUGCUCGGCCUCGUCGCGCCCGCGCUGCAGGGCCCGGUACGGCACCUGCUGAGCCGUGUCCCGGGGACCGCCGACUGGAGGGUCGCGCGGACCAACGCGCGGCUGCGCGCGCGGGUGGACGAGAUUGUGGUGUCACGGGCGCGCGGGCGCGGCCAGCACGGCGAAAGGAGGAAGGACUUCCUGUCAGCGGUGCUGGACGCCCGGGACCGCAGUGCGGCGCUGCGGGAGCUGCUCACGCCGGACCACGUGAGCGCGCUCACCUACGAGCACCUCCUCGCCGGGUCUGCCACCACGGCGUUCACGCUCUCGUCGGCAGUGUACCUAGUCGCCGGCCACCCGGAGGUUGAGGCCAAGCUGCUGGCGGAGGUCGACGCUUUCGGGCCGCGCGGCGCCGUGCCGACCGCCGACGACCUGCAGCACCGGUUCCCCUACCUUGAUCAGGUCAUAAAGGAGGCCAUGAGAUUCUACACAGUCUCGCCACUGAUCGCCAGAGUGACGUCUCGACAAACAGAGCUUGGAGGCCACACUCUCCCAAAGGGCACGUGGCUGUGGAUGGCUCCGGGCGUCCUGUCCCGCGACGCCGCUAACUUCGAGGACCCCGGUGCAUUCCGGCCGGAGCGGUUCGACCCGGCCAGCGAGGAGCAGCGCCGGCGGCACCCGUGCGCGCACAUCCCCUUCGGCAUCGGCCCGCGGGCGUGCGUGGGGCAGCGGUUCGCGCUGCAGGAGGUGAAGCUCUCUAUGUUGCACCUGUACCGGCGUUUCCUCUUCCGGCGGUCGCCACGGAUGGAGUCGCCGCCGGAGCUCCAGUUCGGGAUCGUGCUCAAUUUCAAGAAGGGCGUCAAACUCGUAGCAGUUGAGCGGUGCGCUGCCAUGCCGUUGUAGCGUGUACGGACGGAUGGCAAGGGCUUGAGGGUGUACGGUGUACCAGUGGUCACUUGGACGGUUAGUCCGGUGUAAACAGAUAAAAUGUGUUCCAUUGCUUGCAGUCAGUGAUAACACAUCUAGGCAUCUUGAAUCUCGAGAAGAACAAUAAUAAUGUUGGUUUGAAUCCAAAUUGAUUUAACCAAAAAUCACCUUU